CGCAGCGUCAGCGCCUCCCGCCGCGGCCCGGCUCCGGGCACCGCGAGAACCGAGCGCCCGGCCGCCGCCUCCCCGCACCCCCGGGGCAGCGGGGCGCGCAGCCGACCUCUCGCUGCCGCUGAAGCCUCGCCGGCGCGCGGUUGGUAGAGCCCCUUCUUGAUGCCAAGCUACGCCAAGCUGGGAACACUGAACCCUUCCCACCAUUGUCCGCUGGGGCCAGGCCUGCAGGCUCGAGGGUCAGUGCAUUGUUUGCCGCCGUCUGCGGGCCUGGACCUCGAGGGCCGCUGAACUCUGCUUGAGCACCCUGAAGGAGGCAGAGAGCCCCCCAUCAUGCUCGACCCUGCUCGGCCGUCCUGCUGCUGACGCCGCCCCGCGCAUGCGCGUCCAGGCCGAGGGGCCGGGGGCCUGCCAGGGAAGAUGCCCGGGAAGAGAGGCUGGGGCUGGUGGGGGGCCCAGCUGCCCCUCUGCCUGCUCCUCAGCUUCUACUGCCCCUGGGUGCCUUCCUCCCUGGGGAAGCCCAAGGGUCACCCGCACAUGAACUCCAUCCGCAUCGACGGGGACAUCACCCUGGGGGGCCUGUUCCCCGUGCACGGCCGGGGCGCGGAGGGCAAGGCCUGCGGGGAGCUGAAGAAGGAGAAGGGCAUCCACAGGCUGGAGGCCAUGCUCUUCGCCUUGGAUCGCAUCAACAACGACCCGGACCUGCUGCCCAACAUCACGCUGGGCGCCCGCAUCCUGGACACCUGCUCCCGGGACACCCACGCCCUGGAGCAGUCCCUGACCUUCGUGCAGGCGCUCAUCGAGAAGGACGGCACCGAGGUCCGCUGCGGGGGCGGCGGCCCCCCCAUCAUCACCAAGCCCGAGCGCGUGGUGGGGGUCAUCGGAGCCUCGGGGAGCUCGGUCUCCAUCAUGGUGGCCAACAUCCUCCGCCUCUUCAAGAUCCCCCAGAUCAGCUACGCCUCCACGGCCCCCGACCUGAGCGACAACAGCCGCUACGACUUCUUCUCGCGUGUGGUGCCCUCGGACACGUACCAGGCCCAGGCCAUGGUGGACAUUGUCCGCGCCCUCAAGUGGAACUACGUGUCCACGCUGGCCUCGGAGGGCAGCUAUGGCGAGAGCGGGGUGGAGGCCUUCAUCCAGAAGUCCCGCGAGGAUGGGGGAGUGUGCAUUGCGCAGUCGGUGAAGAUCCCCCGGGAGCCCAAGACGGGCGAGUUCGACAAGAUCAUCCGGAGGCUCCUGGAGACCUCAAAUGCCAGGGCCGUCAUCAUCUUCGCCAACGAGGAUGACAUCAGGCGUGUGCUGCAGGCGGCACGCAGGGCCAACCAGACAGGCCACUUCUUCUGGAUGGGCUCGGACAGCUGGGGCUCCAAGAUCGCACCCGUGCUGCACCUGGAGGAGGUGGCCGAGGGCGCCGUCACCAUCCUCCCCAAGAGGAUGUCUGUGCGAGGCUUCGACCGCUACUUCUCCAGCCGCACGCUGGACAACAACCGGCGCAAUAUCUGGUUCGCCGAGUUCUGGGAGGACAACUUCCACUGCAAGCUGAGCCGCCACGCGCUCAAGAAGGGCAGCCACGUCAAGAAGUGCACCAACCGGGAGCGCAUCGGGCAGGACUCCGCAUACGAGCAGGAGGGGAAGGUGCAGUUCGUGAUUGACGCCGUGUACGCCAUGGGCCACGCGCUGCACGCCAUGCACCGAGACCUGUGUCCUGGCCGUGUGGGGCUCUGUCCUCGCAUGGACCCCGUGGACGGCACCCAGCUGCUUAAGUACAUCCGAAACGUCAACUUCUCAGGCAUCGCGGGGAACCCCGUGACCUUCAAUGAGAAUGGAGAUGCCCCCGGGCGCUACGACAUCUACCAGUACCAGCUGCGCAACGGCUCGGCUGAGUACAAGGCCAUUGGCUCCUGGACCGACCACCUGCACCUCCGAAUAGAGCGGAUGCACUGGCCGGGCAGUGGGCAGCAGCUGCCCCGCUCCAUCUGCAGCCUGCCCUGCCAGCCGGGAGAGCGGAAGAAGACCGUGAAGGGCAUGCCCUGCUGCUGGCAUUGCGAGCCCUGCACUGGGUACCAGUACCAGGUGGACCGCUACACCUGUAAGACGUGUCCCUACGACAUGCGGCCCACAGAGAACCGCACGGGCUGCCGGCCCAUCCCCAUCAUCAAGCUGGAGUGGGGCUCGCCCUGGGCUGUGCUGCCCCUCUUCCUGGCCGUGGUGGGCAUCGCGGCCACGCUGUUUGUGGUGGUCACCUUCGUGCGCUACAACGACACGCCCAUCGUCAAGGCCUCGGGCCGCGAGCUGAGCUACGUGCUGCUGGCGGGCAUCUUCCUGUGCUAUGCCACCACCUUCCUCAUGAUCGCCGAGCCGGACCUGGGCACCUGCUCGUUGCGGCGGAUCUUCCUGGGGCUCGGCAUGAGCAUCAGCUACGCGGCCCUGCUCACCAAGACCAACCGCAUCUACCGCAUCUUCGAGCAGGGCAAGCGGUCGGUGAGCGCCCCGCGCUUCAUCAGCCCCGCCUCGCAGCUGGCCAUCACCUUCAGCCUCAUCUCGCUGCAGCUGCUGGGCAUCUGCGUGUGGUUCGUGGUGGACCCGUCCCACUCCGUGGUGGACUUCCAGGACCAGCGGACGCUCGACCCCCGCUUCGCCAGGGGCGUGCUCAAGUGCGACAUCUCGGACCUGUCCCUCAUCUGCCUGCUGGGCUACAGCAUGCUGCUCAUGGUCACGUGCACCGUGUACGCCAUCAAGACCCGGGGCGUGCCUGAGACCUUCAACGAGGCCAAGCCCAUCGGCUUCACCAUGUACACCACCUGCAUCGUGUGGCUCGCCUUCAUCCCCAUCUUCUUCGGCACCUCGCAGUCGGCUGACAAGCUGUACAUCCAGACGACGACACUGACGGUCUCGGUGAGUCUGAGCGCCUCGGUGUCCCUGGGAAUGCUCUACAUGCCCAAGGUCUACAUCAUCCUCUUCCACCCGGAGCAGAACGUGCCCAAGCGCAAGCGCAGCCUCAAAGCCGUCGUCACUGCGGCCACCAUGUCCAACAAGUUCACGCAGAAAGGCAACUUCCGACCCAACGGGGAGGCCAAAUCCGAGCUGUGUGAAAACCUGGAGGCCCCAGCGCUGGCCACCAAACAGACAUACGUCACCUACACCAACCAUGCCAUCUAGCUAGGCUGCCGGAGCCACGCAGGACCAGGAGGAGCCGCGGCCACACGCGAGAACCCAGCUGAUGAUGUCCUGCUGCCCGUGGGCGCCCACAGACGUGGCUUGGUGCUGAGCACAGCGGAGCCCUGGCCGUCACUGCUGGAGCCGGGCGAGCUGGGCGGGUGAAGGAGGCGGCUGAGGGCCGGGCAGCUCGGGACUCUGUAAGAGCCUCCUCCGUCUCUGGCGCUGCUGCAGGCCACCGAGCACAGGGCUCAGGGCGUGGGGGCCCAGCGCUGGUUCUCUCUGUCCUCUCCCCAUCCAUCUGUCCUGCAGGUCGCCAUGUCCGUCUGUCCAUCCGUCCGUCCAUCUCCGUUUCUGUCCUUCCGUUCUCCGGUUUCUGUCCCCGCCUGUUUUCUCUGCACGUCUGUCCGUUUGGUUCGAGCUGCCGUGGUUCCUUCCGUGGUUCCUUCCGUCUGCUGUGCCUCCCGCCCGUCCUAUCCACGCAUUUCCUCCCCGCUCCUGUCCACUCCCACGCCUUCCACCGCUCCACCAAAUCGUCCAUGUCGCAAAUGAAAAACAAAAAAGGGGAAAAAAAAAGUCAAAACAGAAAAAAGCCAAAAGAAAAACAAAUCUCGAGUGUGUUGCAAGUGCCGCGCCCCCCUGGUGGCCUGUGUGUGUGUCCCCGCGGCCGCCCGCCUGCCUUGUGUCCCGCCCGCCCGCCUGCCGCCUGCCCCUCCUCCUGCUGACCGCGCGGAGUUCAGUGCCUGGGUGUCUGGUGAUGGUUACUGAUGGCGAUGUGCAGCGCAUGACCGUUUUUAUACCGAGAACAUUUCUAAUAAAGAGAAACAUGGUUUUGCA